ACUGCAUCGCCUCACCUGAAAUAAAGCAAAGUGAUCGCAGAAUCAGUGAGGUGAACAAAUCUGCAAUCCUAGCCAUACAGAGGAAUGUGUUUCCACAAAAGGCUGUUCAACGCAAUGACCAACAACAACAACAAAACUUCUUCCUCCGCUAUUCAAUCUCUUUACGACCUCUGCACUGAGGCUUUCACGCCUUCAGCCGCUUCUCCGCCCUCUCUCGCCGUCGUUCACAAGCUUUCUUCUUUGCUAGACACUAUUGGACCUGCUGAUGUUGGCCUUAGUGAUGCUAGCAAAGAGGAUGACAGAGGUCAUGGUCCUUUUGGAAUAUUUUCAUACAACCGAGUAGAUCGCUGGUCACAACCGCUAACUUAUGUGGAUAUACAUGAAGGAAAAAAUUUCACGAUGUGCAUGUUUUGUUUCCCAACUUCUUCUGUUAUUCCACUCCAUGAUCAUCCCGGUAUGACUGUGUUGAGCAAAGUCUUAUAUGGUUCCUUGCAUGUUAAAGCAUAUGAUUGGGUAGAGCCACCCCGCGUCAGAAAAAUUCAGGGGACCGAGCAUUCUACAGUCAGACUGGCUAAAUUGGUUGUAGAUAAAGUUCUAACUGCACCAUGUAGCACAUCGAUUCUGUAUCCAAGGAGUGGAGGGAAUCUGCAUUGUUUUACUGCACUCACUCCUUGUGCAGUUCUCGACAUCCUUGCUCCCCCAUAUGAUGAAUAUGCCGGCCGGAGAUGCUCUUACUACCGCGAUUAUUCUUGUUCCAGCUUCUCCUCUGAAGACGAUCAAAGUGGUAUCGAGAAAGAAGAGGAGUAUGCGUGGCUUGCAGAGAUUGACACACCCGAUGACCUCUACAUGCGCCCAGGAACUUAUAAUGGUCCACAUAUUCAAAAGUGAUUCUCAUUGCAAGCGUUCUUCAUCCACAACAAAAUGAUACAUCAAACUGCGCCAUCUUCGGUAAAUAAUCCUAUUUAAGCAACUAAUCUAUGGAUUAUGGUGUUGUAGUCCACAUUACAUGUAACUUGAAAUUUAUGUUAAUGUACCCCUUUUGAGUUUCUAAA